AUUUCACUCGUUUCAUAAUACCGCCGGGGGAACACACCGCAUGUUUGCUCCGCAAGAAUAGCGCACGGAGAGUGUGACUGGGAAAAGUUAACUCCGGAUUUAUGUGGAGCGCGGGGAAAUUGAUCUCAACGAUCUCGAAGGGUUAGCAUGAUUGGGGAGAACUAAUGUCAUAGUACGGGGCGCGGGGAGCGUAGGUUGGUAAAGAAGCUAUCUAUGGAAUGAAGUUAUUUCUGAUUCGUGCGCAUACAUUUUGUUAAAACUCAAGCCUUUUCCAUUGGUGCUUACAUGGAUCAAAGUUGAUGCUUCCCGUAAAGAAGCUAUCGAGACAAUCCACACUGCAUGGGCAGUUACCCCAUGCAGUGUGGAUUUUACCACCAAUAAGCAUAUAGUCGAACGUGCACAGAAGGACAAAAUAUAAUGGACCGAACCCCCAUCGUAUUUUCUAUUUACUUUUUUCUGUCUUCAUUCCUUUUGUGUGACAACGCUCAAUUGGUAUCGUCAAACAGCCAUCUUCUAUACGUGGUGUUAAAAAUCCACUGUACCGUCUUCGCACUCAGCUGAAGCUGCCGAGCUUGUUUCAUCCUCAACUCCAGUCACGAUAGUUCGAAAAGACCAAAAAAACGUGGUGAGAACCUACAAAAUGGAGUCGACGGGGACAAAUAUGCGCGACGAGAAGGUCGAUCUUGAUGACCUCAAGGAGCAUGAAAUUGGUCAUACCGAGGAGGUAGCCAGCAAGGAGCUCAUAUCCAAUGCUAUGGAUGUUGAGAAUCGUGAGCAUGAGAUGGGCAUGUGGGAGGCAGCUAAACAGCACCCAACGGCUUGCUUUUGGGCAUUCCUAUUUUGUUUCACUAUCGUGAGUCCUUGAUAAUCAUUACGGCAUCUGGCAGAACUUUAGCUAAUGCACAUCAGGUCAUGGAAUCAUUUGAUAUGUUUCUGAAUGGUAACUUUGUUGCACUCACGGCUUUUCAAAAUCGAUACGGUAUUCUUGAUGCAGAUGGAACACGCUCUAUCGAAACGAAAUGGCAAAGUGCACUCUUUCAAGCCGGCCAAUGUGGUGCCUUUGUUGGUGUUUUCUUGGCCGGUCCUGUUACCAACCGUCUCGGAUAUCGUUGGACUACCGUUCUGGGUUUGGUCUUGAUGAAUGCUACAAUCUUCAUCUCUUUCUUCGUAAGUCAUGUGUGUCACUAUAUUGUUGCGCCCAUUAGCUGACUGUAUUGGUACCUUAGGCCGAUUCGCUCGCUGUUCUUACCAUUGGACAAGCAUUUGAAGGUGUUCCUUGGGGAUUUUUUAUCGCAAACGCCCCAGCAUACGCCAGUGAAGUCGUUCCUCUUUCCCUUCGAGGUGCAUGCACGGCUACUCUACAAAUGUCUUGGUCUAUUGGUAACAUCAUUGUAGCUGGUGCCACCUAUGCAUACAAUAAGAAGGAUAACGAGUGGGCUUGGAGAGCACCUCUUGCCUUGCAAUGGAUGUUCCCCGUAAGUCUUUUCCUCUCACAAAUUGAAUGUUUAAAAGCUUACUCGUCUAGACUCCCAUCCUGGUCCUUAUCCUUUUCGCUCCUGAAUCACCUUGGUGGUUGAUGCGCCACGGACGCAAAGAAGAAGCCCUUCGAUCUGUCAAACGUCUGGGUCGCAACACUCAGGAGCACUGUGAAGGACAAAUUGCUAUGAUGGAGCGCACUGUUGAAAUAGAAAAGAAACUAGGAGGUGAUCCCACUAUCUUUGACCUUUUCAAGGGUACCGAUUUGAGACGUACCAUUAUCACUUGCUUGAUUUACGCGUCGCAAAACUUCACUGGAAAUUUGAUUGCCAAUCAGGCUACUUUCUUUUUCGAGCGUAAGUGUUUUUACUUCACAAUUGGAAAUACGGUCAACUAACUCUCCAUUUAGAAGCUGGAAUUUCCUCUGACUUUUCCUUCAAACUUAACCUUAUCAACUCAUGUCUUCAAUUUGUUGCCAAUGCUCUUUCUUGGCCACUCAGUGCAAGAUUUGGUCGUCGAACCAUCUACCUUGGGGGAACAAUCAUCAACCUCAUUUUGCUUAUACUUCUUGGGAUUUGUGCAUCCAUCAAACAAACCCACGGCACGAAUUAUGCUCAGGCAUGCUUAGGAAUCGUUAUCUCUUUCGUAUUUGCUGGAACUCUCGGACCAAUUUCCUACACUAUCAUUGCCGAGACUUCAUCGGUUCGACUUCGAGCUUUGAGCACUGGUGUUGGUCGUGCUGCUUACUAUGUUGCCGAAAUUCCUAUGAUUUAUCUUGCUUCAAGAAUGCUCAACUCAACAGGAUGGAAUCUUGCAGGAAAGUGCGGUUUUGUAUGGGGUGGUACCUCGGUCGUCUGUUUCGUGAUGGCCUACUUCUUCCUUCCCGAGCUCAAGCACCGAUCUUACCGUGAAACAGAUAUUCUGUUCAAUCGUAAGAUUUCUGCUAGGAAGUUCCAGUCGACAGUCAUUGACGUUGCAGAGAAUGAGUAAGACUUGGGUUGGGAUUCAUUAUCAAAUUUGGAAUUAGCAUGAAAGAAACUGUGCUUCCAAAGCCUUAGAAUUAUCAUGUAUUAAUACUUAGAAUAAAGAAUAGACUAUAGAGAAUAGAAUAGACUAUAAAGAAUAUAAUGUUCGCUUUUAUG